AUGGCUCCCCGCGCUACCCUCCAGAAGACCAUUGAGAAGAAAGGAGGAAACAAAGCCGCCUCCGACAAUGCGAAAGUGGCUUUGCUGCAGAUGCCAGUCGAGCUCAUCUGCAAGUUUGCCAACGUCUUGCCCUCCGUGGACAAGAUGGUCUUCGCCGAGACUUGUCGGCCAAUUCACAACUCCCUCGGAGUCACCUCCUUCUCCAAGCACGAAGGAGAAUCCCGCGAGGAGAAGUUCGAGUAUCUCGCUCGCAGGUCGCGCGAGACUCCCAACCAAUGGGUCUGCGAGGAGUGCAUGUGCCAGCACGAUAUCGACACGACCGACACGCCAGCCACCCCAGUCCUCAAUUGUCCCGUCGGCAAUCUGUACGCCUCGAGGUACAACUUGCCCCUGAAGCUUAUCGCCAGGGAAAACUACUGGCUGGGACGACGCCACGUCCAGCUGGCGUUGAAGUACACUCGGCUGUACAACGAGAUAUCGGAUGGACACCGACAAUACCUGACGCGACUCAUGGCGACUCGCAUCUAUUCCGAGUCACACGUGUUCGAUGGCAUGCCGCUUUACCUCGCGGCCAAAAUUACUCCCCGCAUCAUCGAGGGGCGAUUCUUCCUCAAGAGCGUCUUCGAAAUCCGGCAAAAGUCGAAGCCAAUCGACAAGAGGCUCUUGAUUGGCGAUCACAUCUGCCCUCACCAGACCUUCUGGACAGUCGAGCUUACGGGAGAUAGCUCCAUCUCCAAAUUCACCAUGGCGGUGGAAGACGCCUUCAACAAACGGGGGCAUGAGGUGUGCAGCUAUUGCCCUCACUGCUGCACCGACUUUUCCGUUGAGGCCUCGCGUCGGAGCCUCAGAAUCACCAUCUGGAACGACCUUGGAACAGAGAGCUCUGCCAUGGAUCUCGUGUGGUUGGCAUCCGUGCCCAACUCCACGAUGGCUUCAAGUGAUCUCGUCAACGAGGCGCCGGGUCGUGUCAGGGCAUGGUACGACAGUGUGAAGAAGGAUGUUGUUGCAUAA